AUGGUCAUCCCCCCACCCCACAUCACCCCACCUCACCUUACAUCACCCCACUCACCUUACAUCACCCCACCUCACCGUACAUCCCCUACCCCACCCCACCCUACAUCCCCCUACCCCCCUCAACCCUACAUCACCCCACCUCCCACUACACACCUAUCCUGCCUCACCCUACUCAACCACUCACCCCACAUCACCCUACAUCACCCCACCUCACCUACAUCACCCUACCCCACCUCACCCUACAUCACCCCACCUCACAUUACAUCACCCCACCUCACCCUACAUCACCCCACCUCACGCUGCAUCACCCCACAUCACCCUACAUCACCCCACAUUGCCCUACCUUCCCCUACCCGCCUCACCCUACAUCACCCACCUCACCCUGCAUCACCCCACCUCACCCUACAUCACCCCACCUCACCGUACAUCACCCACAUCCCCUACCACCUCAACCUACAUCACCCUACCCCGCCUCACCCACAUCCCCACCUCACUGUACAUCACCCCACAUCCCCCUACCCACCUCACCCUACAUCACCCCACUACCCCAACGGACCCCAUCCCACCCUAACCCACCCAACCUACCCCACCUCCCCAUAA